AACUUUGAUUAAGAAUUAUCUAAGUUUACAAGAAAGAAAAAAAAAACUAAUGUAAUCUACAAAAUAGAAAUGAAAAUAAUGGAAAUGCGGUGAAGGAAGAAAUACGACUGAGAUAUGUCCGCGUCUCGAAGGAAAAUAAGAACGCCGAGGUUAUCCGAAAAAAUCCGAAUAGCGACGGAACGAAACGAAAGUAGGGAAGCGCGCAUUUUUCAUUUCGGCGGGGACUAAUGAAGUAAGCCGAACGUUGACGUUCUUCGUUUCGGCGGUGACCAACGAAGUGAACCGAACGUUGGCUUUCUCCCCACUGAUACUUGCCUCCCACCCACCCAAUACUUUCCCCCCACCGUAAAGCUCGUCAGAACCACAUGUGCGAAGAGCACGCGUUCGUUUCGUUUGUAUGUACGUUUGAAAGAGGUAUGGUCACAAGAAUUCGAACCUUUGAGUGGGUCGUAACAAAACGACGUUGCCGAAAAAAUCUUAAUUUAAUAUUCUCUUAUAUAUUGAAUCAUUUUCAUUUGAAAAUAAUAAUAAUCACCUAAAAAUGCCGGACAAAGUAGCACCAGCCGAAAGGCAAGUGAUGGUGCUUCAUACUUCGAAAAAAAAUAUUUCCGAAGAUAAGAAUAAAGACAGUGGUGUGAAAUUGAAAAAAGAAUUAGGAUUACUCGAUGGCGUUGCAAUAAUCGUUGGUAUCAUCGUUGGUGCUGGCAUUUUUGUUUCACCUAAAGGAGUCCUUACUAAUAGUGGCAGCGUUGGCCAAGCUCUCAUCGUUUGGAUUUUCUCUGGUUUACUUUCACUUGUCGGUGCUCUCUGUUAUGCCGAAUUAGGUACGAUGAUACCAAAAUCAGGUGGUGACUAUGCCUAUAUUAGCGAUGCGUUUGGAUCAUUACCAGCAUUUCUUUAUCUAUGGGUUGCAUUAUUUAUUCUCGUUCCAACCGGAAACGCUAUUACUGCACUUACGUUUGCACAAUACAUUUUACAACCUGCUUGGCCAGGUUGUAAGCCACCAUAUGCAGCUGUAAGACUUCUUGCAGCAGUCGUUACAUGCUUGUUAACUGCAAUUAAUUGUUAUAAUGUUAAAUGGGCAACAAGGGUUCAGGAUAUAUUUACUGGUACAAAGAUCUUUGCCUUGAUCAUCAUCAUGGUUGCUGGUUUCUGGUGGCUUUGUACUGGUCAUACAGAUAAUUUUCAUCAACCAAUGGCUGGAACAAAUACGCAACCUGGUUAUAUCGCGCUUGCUAUAUAUUCAGGAUUAUUUUCCUACUCUGGGUGGAAUUAUCUUAAUUUUGUCACAGAGGAAUUGAAAGAUCCUUACAAAAAUCUUCCAAAAGCAAUAUGCAUAUCUUUGCCAUUGGUGACAGUGAUUUAUGUCUUAGCAAAUGUCGCAUACUUCGUUGUCUUGACGCAAGAUGAGAUACUUGCAUCGAACGCAGUCGCUGUUACUUUUGGUGAUAAAUUAUUAGGAGUAAUGUCAUGGAUCAUGCCGUUUUUCGUAGCAUGCUCAACAUUCGGUGCAUUAAACGGUGCAAUCUUCGCUUCUUCAAGAUUAUUUUUCGUUGGGGCACGUAACGGUCAUUUGCCUACUGCCAUAGCACUCAUUAAUGUACAAAAUUUGACACCAAUGCCUUCCCUUAUAUUUCUGUGCAUUAUCACCCUGGCACUUCUGAUCAUAGAGGAUGUCUAUGUGCUGAUCAAUUAUGUUAGCUUCGUUGAAGCACUGUUCACCACGCUCUCAGUAUCUGGCCUCUUGUGGCUACGUUACAAAAGGCCCGAUCUUCAUCGACCGAUAAAGGUAUCUAUAGCUUUACCCGUAAUUUUCUUCAUAAUUUGUACAUUUUUGGUUAUUCUUCCUUGCUACGUUUCACCAUGGGAAGUAGGAGUAGGAAUAAUUAUUAUUUUAUCUGGAAUUCCUGUAUAUUCGAUUUUUAUAUACUGGAAAAACAAACCAAUUUGGCUAGUGUCAGCUUCACAUAAUUUUAACAUGUUUUGCGCGAAACUUUUUUUGUGCGUACAAGAAGAGAAAAAUGAUUGAAAAGGUAAGUGCGUUUUAUGGUCUUCUCUAGACAAUGCAAAUAUAUAUAUUUAUAAACGAUAAACUGACCUAAAGGAGCAAUAUUUCUUUUUUGUAUGCAAUAAUUAUUAUAUUAAUGGAAGUUCCUCUUGGCUAUAAUAAUUAAUGAUAUAUAAAAUAUAAUGAAUGAUUAUGAGUGAAUGAAGUUAAUUAUGAAUAUUUUAUAAAUAUAUAUAUAUAUCAAAAGUGUCAAUGAUGCUUCCAAAGUACUGCCAAAUUUGUAAAAUUUAAAAAUUGUUGAAAAGAUUUUUUAUUUUAACGUUAUUUAACUAGGCAAGAAAAGAAAAAUAACUAAAUUAUUUAAAUCGUUUAUAUGAAUGUGAGGCGAUUUCUUAUACUUUUAUGCAAAAAUAACUUUUUCAUGCAUUAUUUAAUAAAUCUUGAAAUGUUUUGCAUAUAGUUAAAGUAUUUAAUAAUGCAUUAAAAUAUUUAAUAUUAUAUAUUACGUGCAAACGCGAUUGAUGAUAAAUUUUGCUUGAUCAUAUAUAAUUGUACAUAUAACAAUCAAUUGAAUAAUGUAUAAUCUAUUCUUUUGCUAAAGAUAAUUAAGAUAUAUAUCUUAAUUAUCUUAUAUAUAUAUAUAUAUAUAUAUAUAUAUAUAUAUAUAUAUAAAUUUUUUACAUAAAAUAAUAAUUGUAAAUAUUACAUCAUCAGCCUUUGCGAGUCAAUUAUGUUUUGUCUAUUUAUAUUUAAUAAUAUGUAUUCGAUAUAUAAAUGAAUAUUAUGUUAAUAAUUAAUAUAUAUAUAUAUAUAUAUAUAUAUAUAUAUAUAUAUAUUUAUAUAUAUAUAUUGCGUGCGUCCAUGUGUGUGGGUAUAUGAGUGUGUGUAUGUAUAAAUGAGAUAGUUGGUAUAAAAAGUCAAAUAAAUGUAUAAGCGUUAUUUUUUAA